AUGCGUUCCAAGUUUAAGGACGAGCACCCCUUCGAGAAGCGCAAGGCAGAGGCCGAGCGUAUCCGCCAGAAAUAUGCCGAUCGCAUCCCAGUAAUCUGCGAAAAGGUCGAAAAAUCGGACAUCGCUACCAUCGACAAGAAGAAGUACCUUGUCCCUGCCGACCUUACAGUUGGACAGUUCGUCUACGUGAUCCGUAAGCGGAUCAAGCUGUCUCCUGAGAAGGCGAUCUUUAUCUUUGUCGAUGAGGUUUUACCACCUACGGCUGCUCUGAUGAGCAGCAUCUAUGAAGAGCACAAAGAUGAAGAUGGCUUCUUGUAUAUCACGUACUCCGGCGAGAAUACGUUCGGUGACUGCUAG